AUGCAUCCUCUCUUCCAGCCUCCCGACGACACCAUUCUCUCCUCCCUGCUGGAUGCCUUUCCCUGCCGAGAACCCCAGAUCCGAUCCCUCACAACCCUCCUUGCUCCCAGUACCGCACCAUGUCGCAACAUCGUCCUCCACGGAACAGAGGCGACGGGCAAGUCGGUCAUUGUCGAAGCGCUGCUGCGUCAAUUGGCCUCGCCCCACGCUGGCAGCGACCGGCGCAGCAUCGGCGGCAACUACGCCAUCAUGAACUCUAUACAAUGCAUCACGGCGAGGCACCUCUUUGAAAGAACACUCAAUGCCGUUGUCGACGCCAUCGGAUGGCAUACGCGGCCCAGAGCCUGCGAAACCACAGCCCACCUCGCCGUUGAGCUCUCCAAGAUGCUGAAGGGCGCCGAAUCCCAACCACCACAUUCGCGCUUCGUCCUCGUCUUCGACUCGGUCGACCGACAAAGAGAGGCGCCGCACACCCUGCUGCCCGCCCUGGCACGGCUGCCCGAGCUGAUUCUUCUACAGAUCCCCUCGCUGACCUGUGUCUUCAUCCUGACAACGCCCCCGGCGGGCUUCCUGCGAACCUCCUUUGUGUCGCACAUACACUUUCCCAACUAUUCCAAACCCGACUAUGUCAAGAUCAUGGCCCCCUCCAUACCCGCGCCGGUACCCAACACGACCGAGGACGACAUGAAGUUCCUCUGGCCCCGUUUCUGCGCCGCCGUCCACGACGCCCUGGCCGUCUCCGCCUCUCGAACCCUGCCUGCCCUGCGCCGCGCCUGCGACAUUCUCUGGCCGCGUUUCACGGCACCCGUCGCCGCCGGCACCCACGGCGCCCGCGAGUUCUCCAAGCUCCUCAUCCACGCCCGUGUCCACCUGCAGGACGAAUCCCUCCUGAACCCGAGCAUCAUCGCCCUCAGGCCAACCGCCAACGCAAGCAGCAGCACGAGCAGCAGCAGCAGUAGCACGACAGGCACCACGACAGGCACCACGACAGGCACCACGACAGGCACCACGACAGGCACCACGACAGGCACCACGACAGGCACCACGACGACGACACCCAGCAAGGGCCAGACACCAACAAGAACCACAGCCAAGGCGGUGCCGACCCAGCAGACCACGCCCGACCUCGCCUCGCUCCUCCCCACGACGGCCCGCCUCCUGCUGCUGGCCGCCUACCUCGCCUCCCACAACGCCACGCGCCACGACCUCGCCCUCUUCUCCACCUACCACCACGGCCGCCGCAAGCGCCGCGGCGGCGGCUUCGCGGCGCCCCGCUCCGGGACCGGCCGCGGCGCCAAGCAGCAGCACCGUAAGAUUGCGCGCAAGCUCCUCGGCGCCCACGCCUUUGUGCUCGAGCGCAUGCUCGCCAUCUUCGCCGCCGUGCGCGCCGAGUGGGCAGGCGGCGGCGCGACGGGAGGCCUCGGGGCCGCGGGCCUCGACGGCGACGUGGGCAUGGCGCUGUCGACGCUCGCGAGCCUGCGCCUGCUCGUGCGCGUCGGCGUGUCGGGUGACGUGACAGACCGCGGCGGCAAGUGGCGCAUCAAUGUCGGCUGGGACGUCAUGCGCGGCGUCGGCCGGAGUAUCGGCGUCGAGGUCGAGGAGUGGCUGAUCGACUGA